ACUCUGCGGAAGCGGCUGCCAGUGUUCUUGUUAAGGAGCUGUCACUGGCCAACGAUGACAUGUUUGCGGUUAGCGCAGCAGCCGCUCCGAGCCCCGUGCUUGGCAACAUUCCCCCCAAUGAUGGGAUGCCAGGAGGCCCCAUCCCGCCCGGUUUCUUUCAGGGUCCUCCUGGGUCACAGCCCUCGCCGCACGCACAGCCUCCACCUCACAAUCCCAGCAGCAUGAUGGGACCCCACAGUCAGCCUUUUAUGUCCCCGCGAUAUGCCGGCGGCCCCCGGCCCCCCAUCAGAAUGGGAAACCAGCCUCCAGGAGGAGUCCCUGGGACACAGCCGUUGCUGCCUAAUUCCAUGGAUCCCACCCGGCAACAAGGGCACCCCAACAUGGGAGGAUCCAUGCAGAGAAUGAACCCUCCGCGAGGCAUGGGGCCCAUGGGUCCUGGCCCACAGAAUUACGGCAGCGGCAUGAGACCUCCACCCAACUCCCUCGGCCCCGCCAUGCCCGGGAUUAACAUGGGCCCCGGCGCCGGCAGACCCUGGCCGAAUCCUAACAGUGCUAACUCAAUUCCAUACUCGUCCUCCUCGCCCGGUACCUAUGUGGGGCCCCCUGGUGGUGGCGGUCCCCCAGGAACGCCCAUCAUGCCUAGUCCCGCAGAUUCAACAAAUUCCAGUGACAACAUCUACACAAUGAUUAAUCCGGUGCCGCCUGGAGGCAGCCGGUCCAACUUCCCGAUGGGCCCUGGCUCCGACGGCCCGAUGGGCGGCAUGGGCGGCAUGGAGCCCCACCACAUGAACGGAUCAUUAGGGUCGGGUGACAUAGAUGGACUUCCAAAAAACUCUCCUAACAACAUAAGUGGCAUUAGCAAUCCUCCGGGCACCCCUCGAGACGACGGCGAGCUAGGAGGGAACUUCCUCCACUCCUUCCAAAACGACAAUUAUUCUCCAAGCAUGACGAUGAGCGUGUGACUCGCCCCCUCCUCCUCCUCCUCCUCCUCCUCCUCCUCCUCGAGAUGCUGAGGGCGCCGAUGUUGCAGGCGGGAAGAUGCCCGAAAUUAUGCAAGAAGUGAGGUGUCAUUACCUGGGAGCUAGGGGAGGGGCACCUCCCCCAGCCCCUCUGCCCCUCCCCCCACCCCACCAUGCCCUCACUUCUCCCAAUUUUAGUUUCAUGCAAUAAAAAGGCCGAACUUUUUAUUCCAUAAAACAUGAAGGACAAAAUGCAAAAUAAAAAUAUAUUUCAAGUCAGCAACCAGGAAAAAAAAACAAAAACACCUUCCCCUUCCCAAAAGGACCUUUUAUGUACAUGACACUUUUUGUUGUUUUUGUUUGGGGUUUGGUGGUUGUUGGGAUUUUUUUUUUUAAUUUGUUUACACGGGUUUUUUUGGGGGGGGGAAUAAAUUUUUUUUAAUGGAAGCUUCUAGCAAGCACCCCACCCCAAUCAACCUCUUUGCUUUUCUUCUCUUAAAAAAAAAGAAAAAGAAAAAAAUGCCCUGCUAUCUGUCUGCCCCCCCUCCCGUUCUUCCAUCAGGAGAGCUAGUCUAGGUGUGAGGGCACCAUGGUCUCUGUAGCAUCCAACAUCCUCAUAAUAAACUGGACCGUUUACAAUUGGUGGUUUCUUUCAAAAGGCCUUUUAUGGAAAGAGAAGGGAAGUCAUCCUUUUCUGUUUGAGGUUGGUGGGAGGGGCAGGAACCUGGACACAUGCCCUCGGUCUCUCCCGUGGCGCCGGCAACGGCUGCACGCCACGUGGGCCCCCGAGCCCCCGCCCAAUGGCAGAGGAGCCAUGCCACCCAUCGCCGGAGCCGCCGGGACCCUGCCUUGGCCCAGCCCUUCGCCUGGACCACGUGCCAGCUCCCGGGACUCUCCACCAGCUUCCAGCCGCCCCGCCGCCCUUCCCAGCGAGGAUCCUGCCAGCUGGGGGUGCGGCUGGAGCCCCCUGGGGAGAGACCGCGCCCCACAAGAUGGCUGUGACCUGGGACAUGGAAACCAACCUCCGCGCCACCCGCCCCUCCUCGAUGGGCUUCCAGUGUUUUUUUGUGUCUGUUUCCUCCUUUCUCAGAGACGGGGUCUGGACCAGAAUUGCUCUGUUUGUGCUCAGAAUGCCGGAAAGACUUUGGAACUGUUGGGGGGGAGCGGGGUCACCAACAACCCGGCGUUCUGUUUCCAGCCCUGUUUAGUUUUCGGAUACCUGCGAACCCAGCCUGUGCCCCCCUCCCAGGAGGGGCAACUGGUGGCCUCAGCCCGCCCCACCACCACCACCCAUGGUGACCUCUAUGUCUUUCCCUCGAAGACACCCCGAUUCUUUGUACAUUGAUCCGCCCUGCUCCUCUCCCCUCCCCGGUAGCUGGCCUUUGUUUUAUUGCCCCCCUUUCUGAUCCAUGUAUUCAUAUCAUGUGGGAGAUCAUCUGCCUGGAAAAAGACCUUGUGCCGACUCUUGGGAACAUUGUAGCUGUUCUGUGUUUUCUUACCCUGUAGUCUGGUUCUGAAUUACGAGAGGAAAAAAAAAGUAAUUAUGAUACAUUGUAGUUUGUGUACGAUAUAUGUUGAUAAGGUUUUAUUAAAGGGACAUCUUUUUUCCGCA